AUGGAAGAGAAACCUUAUCAAACUUCUAAAUCACCACAAAAACUAAUUCAGCACAUUCCCUGCUUUACAAAACAAAAAUCUUCUAAUGAAAGAAAUACUUUAUAUUUAAUUAAGUAUUUUAAAGACAAGCCUAAAGGAAUAAAAGAAAAUAAAUCAUCAAAUUUAGAGAUCUAUUUGUCAGAAAAGAUUCUCAAUGAUAUCAGAAAUUUAGACAGCAUUUCUUCAGUUAAAUCUUCCUAUUUCAAUAAUCUCAACUUUUCUAAUCAACCACAAAUUACAAGACAUUUUCACCAGACCCUUUCAGAAGGCGACAAACAAAGAUUUUACAAAAUUAUGCUUCUUUCUCGAGAAUUAGACGGAAUUUAUUUAGCAUCAAGCAAUGCUGCAACAAUUUUGAAUAAAAGUGGAUUUUCCUUUGACAAUCAAAAUUUGCAAAAUAUCAAAAUUCCUUAUGCGGACUUAUCAAAUAACUCUUUUAUUAGAACGAAUUUUUCAAAUAGUGAUCUGAGGUAUAUAGAUUUUACUUCCUCAUUGGUAACUUUUUCUGAUUUCUCUAACUGCAAAAUGAGCAAAUCAAAACUAGAAAUAGCAAUUUUUGAGCCAGAAGUUGUAGAAAAAAUCACUAUUUCAAAAUGUGAAAAAUAUGUUGCAUCACUUAACUCAAUGAAAAUUUUAGCUAAGAGGUGUUUUGUAAGUAUAUUUUCAGUUGAUCAAUCAAUCGAAAUAAAUUCUUUACAGCUCUCUAAUUAUAGAAUAGAAAUCUCUGAUAUAAAAUUCUCAUCAUAUUCUUCGAUCCUUUAUAUUUUAUAUUGCUUUAGUUUAUUUUCAAUAUUUUUUAAAUAUUUUUUUAUUAAUUAUCAUGCAUAUUAAGGCAAAUUCCUACUUUGAGCUCUACCAAACACGAUAUAUAUUGCAAAGAAGAGCUUGUGAUAUGAGAUUUCAUUGAAAACACAAGUAAAGUUAUAAAAUUAGAAAAUAAAAUACCUUCUUUAAUGUCAGCCUUUAGCGAUUAUAUGCUAGCAUAUUCAAUUCCUGGCUUUAUUAAAGUUAUAUCAUUAUUUGGAUUUCAAACUAUAUGGCAAGUAAAAGCAGGGAAAAAAUUAGGCUAUCAAGUAACCUUUUUUUGAAAAAAUGAACAACUAACAGAUUAUUUUCUAUCUAUAAGAAAUUAUAUAAAAUAAUUUUAAUAUUUAUAAUAAUAUGAUAUAAAAAAUAUUAGCGAUAAAUUUUUACUUGGCAAAAAAGGAAAUUCCAUAAAACACACAAUUUGAUCUAUUGAAUUAGGGAUUAAAUAUAAAAAAGUCAAAGCCGAAUUCAUGAGUUUUUGUGGUGAUUUUUAUAUCACAAUUAAUAAAGAUGUCCUUGAGAUAGUAAAGUUGGAUUCUGGCGAGUCUAUCUGAAAAAUAAGAGACCCCAAUUAUAAAUAUAGAAAUUGCCCGAUGAUGGCGCUCAAUGUACCAUCAUCGGGCAACGUCUUUUCAGGGUCCACAGGGGAAAUGGGUUCCACGUGUGGAGCCCUUUUUAGCAUGUGGAGAAUCCUAACUUCCACGCGUCAAAAAGGGUUCCACACGUGGAACCCAUUUCCCGGGUGGACUCUUAAAAGACGUUGCUCGAUGAUGGCGCAUUGAGCUCCAUCAUCGGGCAAUCAGUAUAUAUUUCAGCAGAUAAUAGUUUAUUGGCUUCUUUGAAAGGUAAUGAAAUAUGAAUAAUUAACAUUCAAAAGCAGGCUUUAUUGGAAUAUUCUUAUUUUAAUGAGUACUGGCAUAAUAAUGGGUGUUUAAAUCUAUUCAAAGCAGGCAUGUUUGGAUUAAAAAAUGACACAAAAAUCUUAAAACCUUCUAAUUUCUCUGAUACAAUUAAACCAAGAAAAUGCAAUGAUACAAUUUUCUCAAUGUUUUUUACAGAAAACAGAAUUACUGUCUUUUGAUUAGGCUUUAUGAAAAUAAUAAACGUUGAAACUAAUAAAGUCACGAUUUUAAAUAUUCCAAAUAGCCUUCAACCCAAAAAUAUGGCGUGCUCUGAUGACAUAUGCAUUUUUUAUAUUAACAGCAUUAUUGAAAUCUGAAGUUUGCAAGCUCCAAAAUGAAUAAAACAAAUUAAAAAUUAUGAAUGAUGCAGCGAUUUACAACUUUCUUUAGAAAAAAAGCAAUUUUCUUUAAAUUUUUAUUCAAAAAAAUCAUUUUUAAUUUACAGCAUUGAAUCUGGCGAAGUAGUCCAUACAAUAAAAUAUGAUAAUGAAUACAUUACCUGCUAUAGAUUUUCAGGAAAGCAUUUAAUUUUCAAAAUAAUCAACAAAAUUGCAAUAUGAGACCAAGAAAAUGAGAAUUGUGAGUAUAUCCACACUGGCUUUUCUAUCAAAAAUAUUGAGGCCUCUCCUUGUGGAAGAUGGGCAGCAUUCCACAAUGAAAUUGAAAAAAAUGAGGCAAUACUUUUAAAUAUUGAUACUAAAUUAUUUACAGUGAUCGCUCAUGAAAAAGAUGAGCUUAAUAACGAUUUUUCACACUUUUCACCAUGCGGGAAUUAUUUAGCAACUGCAAGUGCUUACAAUAUUAUGAUAUGAGAGUCUGCAACUGGUAUUAAAAUUGCAAAAACUGGAGGAGCAUUUCCAGAAAUUCAAAAAUUUUCUUAUUCUGAGUGUGGAAAAUAUAUUGCUUCAUAUGUAAAAGGAGAUUUAAUAUUAUUUUGGAAUGUUGAAGAAGGCUUAAGACAGUUUAAAGCAGGGAAUGGGGUAGAUUUAGAUAUUAAUUUAAGCCUAGAUCGGGCUAUAAUAGCAAAUGCAACUGUUUUUUCAGGAAAUAUCUUUUCUGAGGUUUCUUAUGUAGAUGAGAUAAAACAUAUUAAAUAA